AUGUACGUCAUUAAUGGCUGUUUUGCGCCACUUCCCAAACCUUAUCAAAGAUUGCUUAGCCGUCAUAAAAGGAUUGUCGGUGGUGAAAAUGUUGAAGAAGCCAAAUUAUAUCUUUUCUUAGUAACUCUUAACAUCUAUAAUUCUGACAAUACAUUCGAAACUUGCGGGGCAAUUUUAAUCAAACCAGAAUGGGUAUUAACAGCUGCUCAUUGUAUUGAUAAUAACCCUUCGUAUGUAUAUGUAACUUUGGAAGAUCCUGAUACGAAGAUUACGUACGAAGGACAAAAUGGGAUUAUUCUUGGAUAUGGCAUAACCGAAUCCGGUAAAGAACCAGCUGAAUUGAAGCAAGUCAACGUGACAAUUAUGUCGAAUGAAGCAUGUCGAGCAACUAGUUCUGAAUACGCUAAAGUAAAUAUUGUUAAAAGAAAAAAAACCGCCGGAAUUUAA